GAGCCGAGGCUUUCCCGAAGCUGAGCCGAAAAGUGCCGAGGUCUCUCCGGAAGCGCCCGAGGCGGCGCCGAAGUCGUGCCGGAGGUGCCCGAACGAAUCCGGCAAUACCCGAGCCUUUCCGGAGGUGCCCAAACCCUUUCCGGAGGUGCCCGAAAGGCCUUGCCGGAGGUUGCCGAACGUCUCCGGGGGUGCCCGAAGCUUCUCCGGAGGUGCCCGAAGGGCUCCGAACCGGCCGUGCCGGCGCGGAGGCGGCGGGAGCGGCGAUGAAGCGCGGCCGGGGCCGGGCCCGGGGGUAGCGCGGCCGAACGAGCGGCCAUGGCGGCCAACAUGUACCGCGUCGGCGACUACGUCUACUUUGAGAACUCCUCCAGCAACCCCUACCUGGUGCGGCGCAUCGAGGAGCUCAACAAGACGGCCAAUGGCAAUGUGGAGGCCAAGGUGGUUUGUCUGUUCCGGCGGCGCGACAUCUCCAGCAGCCUCAACAGCCUGGCCGACAGCAAUGCCCGCGAGUUCGAGGAGGAGUCGAAGCAGCCGCCGAUGACGGAGCAGCAGCGGCAUCAGCUCAAGCACCGGGAGCUGUUCCUGUCCCGCCAGUUCGAGUCCCUGCCCGCCACCCACAUCCGGGGGAAGUGCAGCGUGACGCUGCUGAAUGAGACCGACAUCUUGGGGCAGUACCUGGAGAAGGAGGAUUGCUUCUUCUACUCGCUGGUGUUCGACCCCGUGCAGAAAACGCUGCUGGCGGAUCAGGGCGAGAUCCGGGUGGGCUGCAAGUACCAGGCUGAGAUCCCCGAGCGCCUGGCUGAAGGUGAGUCAGACAACAGGAACCAGCAGAAGAUGGAGAUGAAGGUGUGGGACCCCGACAACCCCCUGACGGACAGACAGAUCGACCAGUUCCUGGUGGUGGCUCGGGCUGUGGGGACGUUUGCUCGGGCUCUGGAUUGCAGCAGCUCCAUCCGCCAGCCCAGCCUGCACAUGAGCGCGGCCGCGGCCUCGCGGGACAUCACCCUGUUCCACGCCAUGGACACCCUGCAGAGGAACGGCUAUGACCUGGCGCGGGCCAUGGCCACGCUGGUGCCGCAGGGGGGGCCGGUGCUGUGCCGCGAUGAGAUGGAGGAGUGGUCGGCGUCCGAGGCCAUGCUGUUCGAGGAGGCCCUGGAGAAAUACGGCAAGGACUUCAACGACAUCAGGCAGGACUUUCUGCCAUGGAAGUCUCUGGCCAGCAUUGUGCAGUUCUACUACAUGUGGAAAACCACUGACCGCUACAUCCAGCAGAGGCUGAAGGCAGCGGAGGCCGACAGCAAACUGAAGCAAGUCUACAUCCCCACCUACACCAAACCCAACCCCAACCAGAUCAUCUCGGUGGGCUCCAAACCCGGCGUCAACGGGGCCGGCUUCCAGAAAGGGCUGAGCUGCGAGAGCUGCCACACCUCGCAGUCCCCCCAGUGGUACGCCUGGGGCCCCCCCAACAUGCAGUGCCGCCUCUGCGCCUCCUGCUGGAUCUACUGGAAGAAAUACGGGGGGCUCAAGACCCCCACCCAGCUGGAGGGGGUGACCCGCAGCGCCUCGGAGCCCCACUCCCGGGGCCACCUCUCCCGUCCCGAGGCGCAGUCGCUGUCCCCGUACACCACGAGCGCCAGCCGGGCCAAGCUGCUGGCCAAGAACCGGCAGACGUUCCUGCUGCAAACCACGCGGCUGACGCGGCUCUCGCGCCGCCUGUGCCGCGACGUCCUGCAGCCCCGGCGGGCGGCGCGCCGGCCCUACGCGCCCAUCAACGCCAACGCCAUCAAGGCCGAGUGCUCCAUCCGGCUGCCCAAGGCCGCCAAGGCCCCCCUGAAGAUUCACCCGCUGACCCGGCUGCCCCUCGCCGCCAUCGUCAAGGAGCUGGCUGCCCAGGCCCCCCUGAAGCCGAAGACCCCCCGAGGCAGCAAGACCCCGAUCAACCGGAACCAGCUGAGCCAGAGCCGGGGGCUGGCGGGGCUGGGGGGCAAGAGGGGCUACGAGGGGGGGGGAGACGGACACAGAGCCCCCCGGAUGAGGGUCGGGACGGCGGCGCUGCCGUUCUCUGCCAACGGGCGCCCCCUGACAGCCGCGCUGCGCCCCGCGCCCCCCCCCGGCACCAAACGGCAGAAACUGAACCCGGCGGACGCGCCCAACCCCGUGGUGUUCGUGGCCACCAAGGACACCCGGGCCCUGCGGAAGGCCCUGACCCACCUGGAGCUGCGCCGCGCCGCCCGCCGCCCCAACCUCCCCCUCAAGGUGAAACCGGGGGGGCUCCCCCUGCGCCCGGGGGGGGCCCUGGCGCCCCCCGCCGUGCCCCCCCACCCCUCCAGCACCUCGGAGCCCAUCGUGCUCGAGGACUGACCCCCCCCCCCCCCACCAUGGACCCCCGACCCUUUUGUAUUUUUUUUAUUUCCAUAGAAAAAAAAAAAACAACCUCGCGGGGGGAGGGGGUUGGGGAGGGGGUGGGAUGGGGGGGGGGUCAGUGGUGCCCCUCCCCCACCUCCGGUGUCCUUUUUGCCCCUCCCCAAAUUCCCCCCCCUCCGUCCCCUCCCCCUCCCUCCUCCGCGGGCCCCUUUUGUACGUGCAGCGACGCCCCCGGUUUUGUAUCUCGGGCUGUCCCGGUUCUGUAGCGACAGGAAAUAAACGCGAUGAGUUUUUUCUUCAA